AUGGAGCUCCAAUCCAAGGAGAAGAAUCCAAGGAGAAGAAGGCAAGGAGAAGAAGGCAAGGAGAAGAAGGCAAGGAGAAGAAGGCAAGGAGAAGAAGGCAAGGAGAAGAAGGCAAGGAGAAGAAGGCAAGGAGAAGAAGGCAAGGAGAAGAAGGCAAGGAGAAGAAGGCAAGGAGAAGAAGGCAAGGAGAAGAAGGCAAGGAGAAGAAGGCAAGGAGAAGAAGGCAAGGAGAAGAAGGCAAGGAGAAGAAGGCAAGGAGAAGAAGGCAAGGAGAAGAAGGCAAGGAGAAGAAGGCAAGGAGAAGAAGGCAAGGAGAAGAAGGCAAGGAGAAGAAGGCAAGGAGAAGAAGGCAAGGAGAAGAAGGCAAGGAGAAGAAGGCAAGGAGAAGAAGGCAAGGAGAAGAAGGCAAGGAGAAGAAGGCAAGGAGAAGAAGGCAAGGAGAAGAAGGCAAGGAGAAGAAGGCAAGGAGAAGAAGGCAAGGAGAAGAAGGCAAGGAGAAGAAGGCAAGGAGAAGAAGGCAAGGAGAAGAAGGCAAGGAGAAGAAGGCAAGGAGAAGAAGGCAAGGAGAAGAAGGCAAGGAGAAGAAGGCAAGGAGAAGAAGGCAAGGAGAAGAAGGCAAGGAGAAGAAGGCAAGGAGAAGAAGGCAAGGAGAAGAAGGCAAGGAGAAGAAGGCAAGGAGAAGAAGGCAAGGAGAAGAAGGCAAGGAGAAGAAGGCAAGGAGAAGAAGGCAAGGAGAAGAAGGCAAGGAGAAGAAGGCAAGGAGAAGAAGGCAAGGAGAAGAAGGCAAGGAGAAGAAGGCAAGGAGAAGAAGGCAAGGAGAAGAAGGCAAGGAGAAGAAGGCAAGGAGAAGAAGGCAAGGAGAAGAAGGCAAGGAGAAGAAGGCAAGGAGAAGAAGGCAAGGAGAAGAAGGCAAGGAGAAGAAGGCAAGGAGAAGAAGGCAAGGAGAAGAAGGCAAGGAGAAGAAGGCAAGGAGAAGAAGGCAAGGAGAAGAAGGCAAGGAGAAGAAGGCAAGGAGAAGAAGGCAAGGAGAAGAAGGCAAGGAGAAGAAGGCAAGGAGAAGAAGGCAAGGAGAAGAAGGCAAGGAGAAGAAGGCAAGGAGAAGAAGGCAAGGAGAAGAAGGCAAGGAGAAGAAGGCAAGGAGAAGAAGGCAAGGAGAAGAAGGCAAGGAGAAGAAGGCAAGGAGAAGAAGGCAAGGAGAAGAAGGCAAGGAGAAGAAGGCAAGGAGAAGAAGGCAAGGAGAAGAAGGCAAGGAGAAGAAGGCAAGGAGAAGAAGGCAAGGAGAAGAAGGCAAGGAGAAGAAGGCAAGGAGAAGAAGGCAAGGAGAAGAAGGCAAGGAGAAGAAGGCAAGGAGAAGAAGGCAAGGAGAAGAAGGCAAGGAGAAGAAGGCAAGGAGAAGAAGGCAAGGAGAAGAAGGCAAGGAGAAGAAGGCAAGGAGAAGAAGGCAAGGAGAAGAAGGCAAGGAGAAGAAGGCAAGGAGAAGAAGGCAAGGAGAAGAAGGCAAGGAGAAGAAGGCAAGGAGAAGAAGGCAAGGAGAAGAAGGCAAGGAGAAGAAGGCAAGGAGAAGAAGGCAAGGAGAAGAAGGCAAGGAGAAGAAGGCAAGGAGAAGAAGGCAAGGAGAAGAAGGCAAGGAGAAGAAGGCAAGGAGAAGAAGGCAAGGAGAAGAAGGCAAGGAGAAGAAGGCAAGGAGAAGAAGGCAAGGAGAAGAAGGCAAGGAGAAGAAGGCAAGGAGAAGAAGGCAAGGAGAAGAAGGCAAGGAGAAGAAGGCAAGGAGAAGAAGGCAAGGAGAAGAAGGCAAGGAGAAGAAGGCAAGGAGAAGAAGGCAAGGAGAAGAAGGCAAGGAGAAGAAGGCAAGGAGAAGAAGGCAAGGAGAAGAAGGCAAGGAGAAGAAGGCAAGGAGAAGAAGGCAAGGAGAAGAAGGCAAGGAGAAGAAGGCAAGGAGAAGAAGAGGUGCUCAGCAUAUUUGAUGCUCUUGGUGGGCAGGUCUUCUGGGUAGCCAUCGACCACCACACUUGUCGCACUUCCGCUGUAGUGUCUUCUUAA